UUUGCCCUUUCUUUUGUCGAUCUUCCAGCUCGUCCGGAAGUUUCGAAUCAAAGAAAUGGCAAGGGCGAUGGAACAACGAGCGCUGGGGCGUGGGCGAUCCGAUCGCGCAGCCCACGUCGUUGGCUGGACGUCGACGUCCACCUCUGGAAAUGCCGUGAGCUCCACUCCCACUGGCUUGGCGGCGAGCUGCUCUCUCGGGCCUCUUUUGCGCAUCGAUCAACUUCCUCGAAUUGGUUCUCGUCGAGGCCCGAGGCAAACCGGACAGGAGGAGGAGGAGCUUUCGACGCUCCUGGCAUGAAGAGGGUGGUGAAAGGAAAGAAAUGGAGCAAGAGCGAGCACUCCCGAGAGAAGCACUCUGUAGAACGCCACGGCUCACGCCAUGGCUCACGCUUCUCCCAUGUAGAGACAAGGCUGGGCUCACGACGCUCCUGGACAGGCAGACGAUUUACAGUGGUAUGUACCAUUCCCAGAGGCUGCUUAUCACUUCCGGUGACUUCGAUCGGGACGAAGAAGGCACGACAUUGGAGCAGGUUGUUUUCCGAAAGCUGCAAGACUGGAGACUCUCCAGCAUGUUUGGCUCAAAGCUGGUAGGCAAGUGCCCGCUUGCAACUACAAGUAGUGUCUAUCUGGAGCUGGAGGAGAGCUUGGCGAAGCACUUGGCUGGAGAUCUCAGCGAAGAAACAGGCAUCAACUUCGCGGACAGUCGUGUUUUCAGUCUCAGCCCUGCUCCAAGUCGGGUGUUUGUGUCCUCCUCAGGCUCUCUUUUGCUGGCACACACAGCGAGCUUGAUCUCGGCAUCACUUGGACAGCCCCGGUGGAUUGGUCUCCGGCUCGGGCUCAGUUCUACACAAGCUGGUACUUGGCUGGCAGCGGGAAUGCAAGGGGAUCCAUCGUGAUUUCGUUUCGGGCAAAUGAUGGUUCUUCCCGGGACUGUUACUCUCCAGGCAUCGAGGCAGCCGAGGAUGAUACCGAGGUAUGCUCGUUUGAAUGGCCACACGCUACAGGUUUCGUUGGAUUGCCGAAACGUGGAGUUUUGGGACUGAUGAGAUUCACACCAGCAGAAGAUCGCAAAGCUCCUGCGGCUGUGGAGAUUGCUCUGCGAGUUUCUAUUGCAACCCAGGCCAUAACUCUUGACGAUCCAUUACCACGAUGAUCGAUUCAGAACCCAAGAGGGGGCUUUGCCAAGGACGAAACGCCGAGCAGCACGAAUGCGGGGAAUAAUCUCGUCUGGUGGGCGAUCUAACAAAAACGCCAUGGAUUUCGCAAAGACCCCUGUCAUAUGGUUCAAGUACAUGGUAUGAUUUUAUUAUUACGGGAACCCGGUUGCCGAGAUGAUGGCUAUCAGGUAAGUGUAGAGGUAAACCGUUGUAGAAGACCCGGGUUCGAUGCCGAAGGGUCCACUCAACAAGGACUUUUAUGCAAAAAUUUUCCUAAAUAAGGAGCCAUUAUUCUGGUUCGCCGGCUCACAAAAACAGCUUAGACCAGUCAUUUAGGACAUCGGUCUCCCAAAACAAACGUUUCGGGUUCGAUUCUCUUCCCGAUAUUUGUAAAUACCAAAUACUGAAUCAUCGUCGAUCAUCAAUGCGGAUGCUCUGGCAUCGCGACGCUGGAGUUGCGCAGAUUGACGUGGGCAAGCUGGAGACUGCGGCGGCUGUGAUAAUCCAUUUCCUGGCCUAUCGGCGCAGCGGCGGCUCCAGCCCUGGCAGCUGAUUCUCUUGUCUCGUCUGAUUCCAUUGACAAGACAUGAUCGAUCGCAGUCGCUCCUCCUCCUCCUCGCAGUGUAGCUUUCUCGACGCUGACCUUGUGUUUGGCGCCCUGGCGGCGGGAUACGUUUUCAGGGACCAAGGUUGAGAGGUUCAGGGCUGUGCUUGGAGCAUCGACGCCACACAUUCACCAUCCAUUCCUGUCACGAACAGGCAAUUCCAUCCUCAGGCAGCUCAAGUGGACGAAGUUCUCCAUGUGCCUGGUGGGUUUGGGGGAAUCAAACAAGCCCGCUUUUUCUCGGAGAGACUGCCGUCCUGCCCGAGCUUGAUACUCCUCCCGAUUUUAGCACCCAAAAAUCACCCCGAUUCUUGAGACGCAUCAA